AUGUCAGUAGAAACAAAUUCAUUAACGAUCCAAAUAAAAAGUGAACCAGCAGAAUCUUCAAUGAAAGAGAAUGAAAUUGAUAAUUCGUUGGAACUAAAUAUCAAAUCAGAAUCAUAUUCUGAGGAUGAAGAAACAUGCUCAUCAGAAAUUAAUAAGUUUGAUGUGACGAAACAAGAAUUAGUAGACAUCAAAGAGGAAUCUUAUACCACAUCUGAAACCUUCGAGCAUAAUCAAGUCACACAUAAUAAUACUUCCUUGAAUGAACACAUGGAUCUUCCCAUCGAAAACAAAUGUUCGGUAUGCCAAAAGGUAUGUAAUAAUUUAUUUAAUUUAAAAAGGCACAUGAGCAUACACAGUGAUGAAAGUCUCAAUGUUGAAAAGGAAUGCCCGGUAUGCAAAAAAGUGUGUAGUAAAUUAUCUGAUUUAAAAAGGCACAUGAGUUCACACAGUGAUAAACGUCCCUACAAAUGCAACAUUUGUAAUAAAGCUUUCAAACUACAAGCAAAUUUAAAAACACAUUCGGAGAUUCAUACUGGUAAAAGACCUUAUAAAUGUCACAUAUGUUUAAGAGCAUUUUUACGGUCAGCAGUUUUGAAGGAUCACUUAAAUAUGCACUUGGACAAAAAACCUUUUACAUGUGAAAUAUGCUCCAAAGCAUUUAGAAACCAGAAGGCUUUGAAUUUGCAUGUGAAGACUCAUUCUGGAGAAAGGGCUUAUAAAUGUGAAUUAUGUAACAAAUCUUUUAAAGUCAUGCCUAAUUUAAGAAGUCAUAUGCUUACUCAUUCUGAGAAACGAUCUUAUAAAUGCUUGGUGUGCAAUAAAACUUUCAAAAGACAUGAACAUCUAAAAAUCCAUAAUGUAAUACAUUUAGAGAAAAAACCAUUUGAUUGUGAAAUUUGUAAUAAAAGCUUCACGACUUCAUGGAAUUUAAAACAGCACAUGGAUUGUCACUCUACACCUAAAGACAGUUUUUUUAAAUGUGGAAUAUGUGAUAAAACAUUUAAUGCACAAAACACUUUGAAAAACCACAUGCAAAUCCAUUCCAAUGAUCGCCCUCAUAAAUGCGAGAUAUGCAAUAAACAAUUUCGACGAAAAGAUCACUUAAAAGAUCACAGGGCUAUUCAUUCCGAAGAAAGGCUUCAUGAAUGUGUAGUAUGCAAAAAAUCAUUUAAAUGCUCAGCAAAUUUGAGACAACACAUGAAAUAUUCAUGCGGGGGAAAAUAGUUAUAAAUAUAAAUAAUGUGAUAAAGAUUUUAAUGUCUUAGAGAAUUUAAAUAGUCAUUCUGGAGAAGGGACACAAAUGCGAAGGUGUGUAAUAUACAAUUCGUAGAUAAACAAGUGUAAAUAGAUGGGCGCUUUGAAAACACAUUGAUUUUAAUUCUUUCAACAUAUCAUAGAGGUUGUCAUGACCGUAGCACGUAAAUUUACUCUUAGGUUUAAUUCUAGAUAAGAUUUAUAUAAAUAUCACAAUAUCAUUUAUAUAAAUAUCACUUGUUUAUCUAUGAUCACAAGUAUAAAUAGAUAGAAUUUUAAUUCUUUCAGCAAAUCAUAGAGGUCGCCAUCAACC